GCUCCCCGCCCGUCGACCGGACUCAACUGUCGGCAAACUCGCAGUCUAUCCAGGUGACCGCUCAAUAUGGAUGGAAGAGAAUGAGAGUAGAGGAUUUACUUUUUUUGCCAGCACAGCGCAAAGGAGAAGUCGCACCGAAAGAUUUUGACAUGAAGAAGGACAUAGAGACGUUGAUUGCAGAGGAAAGGGCAGACAUCAUCUCUAAAUAUGACAAGGGCCGGCAGGAAGGCGUCAACAUUGACCCUUGGGAGGACGCUGACUAUAGCAUCUACAAGGUCACAGACCGAUUUGGCUUCCUGCAUGAAGAAGAACUGCCAACACCCAGCGCUGUUGAAGAGAAGCAAAAGCAGCAGGAGAUAGAGCGAGUAGAGAAAUGGCUUAAGAUGGUGAAGAAAUGGGACAAGUAUAGGAACAGUGACAAGAUGGUGAAGCGUGUGUACAAGGGUAUCCCUCUCCAGUUUAGAGGCCAGGCCUGGGCCUUGCUUUUGGAUGUGGACAAGGUCAAACAGGACAACAAAGGGAAAUACGAGAAAAUGAAGCAGCAGGCUCGUAACUUCUCCACAGAGAUCAAGCAGAUAGACUUGGACGUGAAUAGAACCUUCAGGAACCACAUCAUGUUCAUGGAUCGCUUCGGGGUCAAGCAGCAGGCAUUGUUUCAUGUCCUAGCAGCCUACUCUGUCUACAACACGGAGGUGAGCUAUUGCCAGGGGAUGAGUCAGAUUGCUGCCAUGCUGCUCAUGUACCUGAAUGAAGAGGACGCCUUCUGGGCCCUGUCUCAGCUCCUCACCAACAGCAAGCAUGCAAUGCACGGGUUCUUCAUCCCGGGGUUUCCCAAGUUGCAACGUUUCCAGGCUCACCACGAGCAGAUCCUAUCCAAAAUGCUGCCCAAGCUAAAGAAACACCUGGAGAAAGAGCAGAUGACGACGGGAAUAUACACCACUAAAUGGUUUCUGCAAUGUUUCAUUGAUAGGACACCUUUCACACUCACUCUACGUUUAUGGGACAUCUACAUUCUGGAGGGAGAGAAGAUACUGACUGCCAUGGCUUACACUGCCCUCAAAUUACACAAGAAGCGUCUCCUCAAACAUCAAUUGGAAGACCUCAGGGAGUUUCUUCAGGAGUAUCUGGCUGUCUCUUUCGUCAUGCCUGAUGAUGUGGUGGUGGAGCAACUCCAGGCUGCCAUGUCUGAGCUACGCAGUAAGAAACUGGACCUGCCUCCUCCAGCCAAAUCAGAGGAGCUGCCAAAGAGAGCCCUGGGCCAGGAGAGGCAGGUUCAUCAAUUGCCACUUCAACCUGACUCGACAUUGCAGGCCAAAAUGAGUCUUGAGCCCCAAAACCAGCCACAUAAAGAGGCCCAACAACCAGAUGGAAUCCCCUUACAUCAGACUCCUUCUCCUGGGGACCCCCAGGACUCUCAAAGCCUCCCCGAGGCCCUCACCUGUCUCGCACCCUCCCCAGAGUCAAUUGUAGUGCACACACAAGCACCUCCCUCCGUUGAAGGUCUGAAGCCUUGCAGAAAACCUCCAGUGCCACUGAAGGCCACUAAAAAGCUCCAUGCAGAUGAAGGGGUGGUAAGUGACAUGGUGAGGUGUCCAGGUGUGAGCCAGGCAGAGGACAGAAGAAAAGAGGACACACAGCCUAGAGGCAGAGAGACCCAGCAGGAGCCUAUGGACUGGCCUCCUCCCUAUGAGCCCCCUCCUUUUGAUGUUCUUGCUAUGCAAAUUGAUGAUGAGAUGCUAGACCUCCCAGAUCUACCCCCUCCACCAUUCUGCUGUGGUGAGAAGAACGAUCAAACAGCUGUGGUCUCUGAAUCACGCUGUGUAGUGUUGGGGACCAGUCCAAAGACAAAUCCAUGCUCUUCCACAUUUGGGUCUGAAGGCCCCCCUCAGGUAAAGCUGUCUCCAAGUCAGUGUCCAAAACCACCCAUGUCUCGGUCCGCCCUCUCCCCUGCCUUUGCCUCUUCCUCUCUAUCUUCCGUCCCCAGAGUCCCUCCUCUGAAGCCAAGCAAGUUCCCAGUCUCUCUCUGUGUGCCGGGUCCCACAGGCACCAGGCGGCCAUCCAACACCUCUCAGUAUGACAACCUGUCUGAGGCCGAUGAGGAUGAACGCUGCCUGGAGAGGAGCCUGGGGCUUGCCUCCACCCCUGAAGAAACCUCAGAGAUGUACAGCAAGCCCCCUUCAUUGAACAUAGACAGAGACUAUGACCCUACCCUGUACCCUCUCCCUCCUCCACCCAUAUUCAUCCCUCCACUCCGAUCUCCUCUUUCUCCGUCUCAUUGUGUUCUCCCCAGCUUGCCUCAGGAGCCAGAGUAUGAAGGCGAACACAGCUGGGUAGAGGACUCCAUUAUCCCACCACCUCCGCUUUGUUUUGCAGACAGACUCACCCCCUUCCAGUGUGGCUCCCCUAGCCCUUCAGAGACAUGCAAAGUCACCUCAUCCAGCUACUCCCAGCCUUUCUCCCGGGGCCCCAGAAACCACUCGGCCUUCCCAGCCCCACUGCUAUACACUGGGUCUCCCCCAGGCCAUUCCAGGUCCUCAGGACAGCCAGUGAUAGGUGUGCCCUUAGUUCGAUCCAGCCCAGACUUUUGCAGGAUGCAUCCAGGAGGACAGCAGCUGCCUAAAUCGGUGACCUUUUGAGGUUUCCAGGACAUUUAAGAUGUUUAUUUGGGAAAUGUUUUAAAAAAAAGUUUCUUUUUGUGAACGGACCUUUUUUCAUUCACAUGUACAGCUUUUUUUUUUUUUAAUGUUUUUGCACCUUUUACCAGGGGCAGUUUAACUUUUGUAAAAAUGUUCACUUGAAUUCAAAUUGUAUUUAAAACUGCUGUCUGUCUUGCCAUUUGCUGCACAAAUAGUGUGUUAGAAUGGUGGUUUUUGUUGAUGUGUAUGAAAAAAGUUUGGUCAUGACUAGGAUCAAAUAUCCAUACAGAUAGAAUAGGUCAAUCUAGUAGCCCAUUGUUUCAACAAAGUGGUCUCCUGUUUAAUUUCUCCUGUUACAACAAAGUGUCUUAACCUGACUGCAAUGCACUAAAGGAUAACAACUUUAACUCAAGGGCUUUUGAGAUUUUCAUAUAAGUUAGUCUUUUAUAGAAGCACCCAAAGCCUAUACAUUUAUACCAGUUCUGUAUUUAUGGUUAACCGUGAGCAGGCUCACGCAUCUUAGCAAGACAGUAUGUGAAACCAACAUAAAGUAUACUUUCUGCAUCUUUAAAGCCCACUGAGGCACAUUUGUAAUUUUUGAUAAUAGGCUAUACCAAUAAAAUUGACUUGAGUUGACUUAUAGUUGGGUCCGCGGUGGUGUAGCGGUCUAAGCAUCGGCUUUGUGUCGAUGCAGUUGCCCACUGGGGACUGGGGUUCGCGCCCCGGUCUCGUCAGAUCCGGCUAUGGCCGGAUUCCAUGAAGCAGCAAUAAUUGGCAACGCUGUCUUCGGGGAGGGGGGGCGGAGUCGGCUUGUGUUUGUCACAUGAAUGCGUCUUUGGGUGUGUUGGAAAAAGCAGUGACACAGCGACAGAAGUGACGAGGCAUCUCCUUCCGAGACUGCCGGCCGGAGAGAUGCAGUUGGCGAACGCAUGCAGUACGAGGGUGGGUGUUUGAACUAAAAUGGGGAUUGAUUGGCCACUAAAUUGGGAGAAAAAGGGAAAAAUCAGAAAUAAAUUUAUAAAAAAGAAUUGACUUAUAGCACAUAACCAUUGGUAGGAAGUCUGAUUUGUGUAUUCUAGACCAAAGCAGUUUUGCAUGCAGACCCUGAAAUGAAUUGAAUAUAUUUACCACCACAAGCAGGGCAAGCUUUAUCUCUCUUUGAUAGUCAUGGUGCAAUAGUUCACUGAUGUAUGCACUGGAGCAUGUGUCAUUCAUGUGGGUCCCGGUCUAUUUUGUAUUUGUGUUCCAAGCAGCCAACAUUGGGUAUAUUGUAGGAAUUGUGCUGAAUCAUUGGGGUUUUUUUUUUUAAACAAAAUAUUACUACCCAUUUAAUUUCUGAGAAAUGUAUCAAUGUUACUUAAAUCCAUUUGAUCUGUGACUUCACAGCAAUAAUGUACUGUAUAUACGUUAUUAGCAUUUAUGUACAUGUAUGUUCAGCGGCUGAUAUAACUGAAAUAUAAGGUUAAUAUAAGGAUUUGAUUAACGCAGUUAUUGGCGGUGACUCAAAUGCAAGUCUUGUCUACAAAGUUAGUUCAACUAUACCACGUUUAUGUUGAGUUGCUCCACCUAGUGGUUAAAGCUGGUAGG